UGGACUCCCUAAAACAGAAUCUUUGUAAUCUUUGCGGGUUUGGGUAAAAUUCCAUAUGAGAUGGACUCUACUCAGAUUUUGUCAUUAUCGGAAUCAUAGAAAUUUAUAUAGAUAGCUGAUCCGAGGCACAGUUGGGUUGCUUACCAUCGAGUCGCCGACUCAUCCUCUAAAUUUUGCGGAUUCUUCAACACCCCAUAAGGUUUUCAAACAGUGGAAGAGCCAAUAUUGGUUGAGUUUUUCACUUGUUCGAUUUGGUUCAAUUCGAUGGAAGUUUUAUCUGUUUUCUUAAGCCCCAAAUGAUGGGCACUCUGUUUUCCAGCACUUUCUAAGCAGCCAAACGGAGGAGUUGGUUGAUUGAUGAACAAUUGCUUCAUCUUCUCAAUUGAUUGAGAAAGGGAUUGUCACAAUUAUCUCUCGGAAUCAGAGAGAAAUCAACCAAAGAUGAGUACAAGUUGGGAAGAGUCAUUCGAACUUUUUGAAAAAGUGGUUGCGUCCGGCAGAAAUGCUAUGCAAAUUCGAGCCAUAAUCAAGCUUGCCCGCCUCUCUAAUUCUGCACCGGCCCAUGUACUAACCCGCACCGUGCCGAUCCUCACGCGGCUUCUUGGUAGCAGUUCUAGUCCAUCCGUCCAAGGGGCCUCUGCAUAUUGCUUAAAAUGCAUAGCUCAUCAAGGUGAUGGGGAUCGGAUGGCAAUACUCAUUGGGCAGUAUGGUGCUAUUCCUAUAGCACUGAGGCUGCUGCAGCAUUCUGAAGGUAGUUUUCAGAGGGUUUUGGUAAAAUGUCUUUGGAGCCUUGUCAUAUUUGGAAAACAUAAUCGGGUAAUUCUCGUUAGAAAUGGUGGAUUGGAGAUCAUAAUCCGUAUGUUGGGUUCAUACACAGGUAGGAUGAGGCAGUAUUUGUUAGAAAUAUUAAGUGCAUUGGCAUUGUUGCGGGAGGUUAGAAGGGUGAUAAUCAGUCUUGAAGGCCUUCGGUUUCUCGUUCAGGCUGUCAAGUUUGGUGGCAUGGCCUCUAGAGAAAGGGCUGCCCAUGCGGUUGGGUGUCUUGGAGUGGCAAAAAAGGCGAGGCGUGUGCUUGUUGAUUUGGGAGCAAUGCACAUGCUCAUUGAGUUGUUCAGAGAAGGAGAUGCUUGCACAAAAUUGGUAGCUGGUAAUGCUCUUGGUGUGAUCUCAUCCCAUAUUCACUGCAUUAGGCCAUUUGCCCAAGCUGGGGCUAUACCUUUGUAUGUGGAGCUGCUUCGGGGACAUGAUCCCAUCGGUAAGGAGAUUGCAGAGGAUGUGUUCUGUGUCUUGGCUGUUGCAGAAGUGAAUGCAGUUGCAAUCACUGAACACUUGGUGGAAAUCCUUCGAGAAAAUGAUGAUGUAGCCAAGGCUGCAGCUGCUGAUAUAUUGUGGGAUCUCUCCAGUUACCAUCAUUCAGUGUCUUUCAUUAGAAACUCUGGCGCAAUUCCAAUUUUUGUUCAGCUUUUGAGGGAUAGAAGCAGUGAAGUUAGGGAGAAAGUAUCAGGGGCCAUUGCUCAAUUGAGUUAUAGUGCAGGAGACCGCGCAGCACUUGCUGAGGCAGGUGCAAUUCCGGUCCUGAUCGAUUUGUUGGGCGAUGAGUCAGAGGAGCUGAGAGAAAAUGCUGCAGAAGCUCUCAUCAGUUUUUCCGAAGACCCUUCACAGCGCGGCAUAAUGUCCGAAGCAUUCAGAGUUACUUCAUUCCAGGAAAUGCAGAACAGACUGGUACAGAUUCGAAGUUCUGAUGAGUACAUGGCCAGAUCUUUGAGACAGAUGAGCAUGGAGCAGCUUCUUUGGGACCCAGACAUGGUCUAAUUCUUUCACUCUAGUUUCUUUUCAAUCUUUAUGGCUUGGACAGUGUGAAUAUGUUCUUCAUAUGAUGUAUAUCCCCUGGAAUUUUGGGAUGGCAAAUCAUCCUUCAAUGCUACUACAAGCCCCUAUUAGUAGCAUUCUAUUUGUUACAUGAAGUAGAGAUUUGAAAUAUGAUAAUAAAAUUCUUCAAGCAGCA